AUGUCUAAAUCAGCGACGACCUUGGAGGCAGAUGCUUGGGAGGCGCGCAAGGAAGAUAAGAAGAAAAAGCAGAAGAAAGAAAAAAGGGCGAAGGUUGACGAUACAGAACACGAUGAGGGCGACGGCGAGUCGAACUCCUCGAAGAAGCGAAAGAGGGAAGCCCUACCAGACGAGAUCGAGAUCGACGUAAACCUUCCCGAGCCUACAUCGAAGAAAGAAGCCCGUAAAGCGAAGAAGGCAAAGGCUGCACCCCAAUCCUCGGCUGGUGAGGGAGCCGCCGCUGGGAAGGAUGAGGGCGAAACGAAGGCUGCACAACGAUCCCAACAUGGAGUGUGGAUAGGUAACCUGCCAUGGUCCGCCACGAAGGAAUCGCUCCGAUCGUUCCUCACUACAAACUCCGAGAUCAAAGACGAAGAGAUCACACGCGUGCACAUGCCUGCUCCAACGAAGCCCCCGAACCCGCGCUGGACAUUCAAACCACUGAACAAGGGCUUCGCUUAUGUCGAUUUCUCGACAGAGCUCGCAAUGUAUGCUGCUAUUGCUCUGACCGAAACGCUUAUGGACCGUCGGCCACUGCUCAUCAAGAAUGCGAAGAGUUUCGAGGGUAGACCAGACAAACCCAAGGGCGAGGAGGGCGAGAACGAUGGCAAGGCUGGUACAGCGGCCAAACCAGGGCAUCCACCCAAUAAGCGUGUCUUCGUGGGCAAUCUUUCCUUCGAUGUCACAAAGGACGACCUACAAUCGCAUUACGCGCAGUGCGGGGAGAUUGCGGAUAUACACAUGGCAACCUUUGAAGAUUCCGGGAAAUGCAAGGGCUAUGCAUGGGUAACUUUCGAAGAUGUUGAAGCUGCGACUUCGGCUGUUAAGGGAUUCAUUUUCAAGGAAGAAAAGAAGGACCCUGAGGACUCUGGGUCUGACGACGUUAAAGAAACCAAAUUAAAGAAGCGAAAAUGGUUCAUAAAUCGCCUCAUGGGCCGAGAGUUGCGUUGCGAAUUCGCCGAGGACUCGACGACGCGUUACAACAAACGAUUUGGCAAAGAGAAGGAUGCAGACAUGGAGGGCGUGCAUCCAGACCGUGCGAGACGCAUUGAUGAAGACGAUCCUCCUCAAAGCUAUCGUCCUAGAAAGCCGUUCCAAGACAAACGCAAGGUCGACCCACGUACGAUCAAGCCCGGCGCUGCUCAGAUGAACGCCCAGCGAGCCCCUCAAGGCAUUGUCAAAUCCGAGGGCAAGAAGAUCACAUUCGACUGA